ACUUCAUGUAUAUUAUUUCUUCCAAAUAGAAGCAAAGAUGGCUGGGAAGUCUGAGCCACCUGGCCUGCGCACCAGCAAGCUAAACCAGCUGUUUGCUGGCAAAGCUAAAGAAGGAUUAAACGCUACAUCUUGUUCUCAUCUGAGCCGUGAUGGGUUGGUUGAUGCCCUCUUAGCUCUGUAUGGGGAGUGCAGUCAAGACCAGCUCAAGCGAACCAACAAACAUGCCGCACAAUUUGUGAACAAAUUCAAACAAACGGUCAGCAAGGUCAAGAAUCUUCAGAUCAGUAUCAAUGACUUUGAAGUGAAGGAUGUGAUUGGGCGUGGUCACUUUGGACAGGUCCAAGUGGUCAGGGAGAAAGUGACCAAUGAUGUCUAUGCCAUGAAAGUACUGCACAAGGCUGAAACCCUCGCGAAAGAAAAUGUUGCCUUCUUUGAAGAGGAGAAGGACAUCAUGGCCAGGGCAUCGAGUCCAUGGUUGACCAAGCUCCAGUAUGCGUUCCAGGAUGAUGAUAACCUGUACCUGAUGAUGGAGUUCCAUCCUGGGGGUGACCUUCUGUCUCUCCUGGCCAGGUUUGAUGAUGUCUUCGAGGAGAACAUGGCAAGGUUCUACCUGGCGGAACUCGUGGCUGCGAUUCAUAGCCUACACACCAUGGGAUAUGUCCACAGAGAUAUCAAGCCAGACAACGUUCUCUUGGAUCGUACCGGGCACAUCAAGUUGGCUGACUUUGGAUCUGCAGCUAAAUUGGGAGAUAAAAAUACAGUCAGCUCUAAGAUGCCGGUGGGUACCCCAGACUACGUAGCCCCAGAGGUUCUCCAGAGCCUCAACGGUUCCUUGGACGCCAGCUAUGGUACCGAGUGUGACUGGUGGUCUCUGGGUAUAGUCGCCUACGAGAUGAUGGUCGGUAAGACCCCGUUCAGUGAUGACUCAAUGGUAAUCACCUACAGCAACAUCAUGGAUUUUCAGAGGAAGCUAUCCUUUCCUACCAGUUCUCCCCUAACUCCUCGAGCAACGAGUCUCAUCAAGCAGCUGCUAUGCGACAGGUCUGCGAGGAUCGGCUAUGAGCAGCUGGGAUAUCAUGAGUUCUUCACCGGCCUUGAGUGGGCAACACUACGAGACGGUGUACCCCCCUUUGUACCUACUGUUAGCAGCGUGGAUGACGUGUCUAACUUUGAUGAAUUUGAUCCUAUCGAGCCUAUGAAGCACAACGCUAGCAUCCUCAUGAGAUGCAAGGGAGGUUUCUCAGGGCAUGACCUACCCUUUGUGGGAUUCACCUACUCAAAGACAUCCAGCAACAACCAAGGGCUGGGUGAUAUGUCAAUGAUGAACACCACACUAUCAGCACCGAUGGAGAUGAGCUCCAUGCCCGAUCAGAAACUCCAGGAUCGCUGCAGACGUCUUGAAUCUCAGCAUAGCUCCCUCACUAGACACAACAAUGAGCUGAGUAAAAGUUUGAAGGAGAAGACAGAAGCUUUAAAGACUAUUCAGCCUGAGAAGAAUGCUGUGGAAAGAAAACUAGCUGAGUCAGUCGCUGAUCUGAAUAAAUUGAGGCGUACUCUAGAGCAGGAGAGGAAUGAGCAGAAGGAUAUGGACAGUAAGGCAGUGAGACUGAUGGGAGAGAUACGACAGACCAGCAAGAAAGAACAACAACUUAGAGAUGAAGAAUGGAGAGCUGAAGUUGAGGACUACAAGCAGGCAUUCUCUCAGAUGGAGACCGAUCGUCAGGUAGCCGUCAAAAGAGCUCAGAAGCUAGAAGCCGAGCUUAGACAGAAGACACAGGAGUGUGAAGAUUUCAAGGCCCAGGUUCACAAUGUCAAGUCAAAACUCACAAAGUCCUGUGAAGGAUCUCGGAGUGAGGUGGAAGAGCUACAGUCGCAACUAGAGAGGUUGAGUAGGAGUAGCAAGAUCCAACUGGAUGAGCUGAGAGUGAAGCUACGCGAGGCCAGCGAGGCUGAAGAGCGGACCAGCCGUACAGCCGAGCGACUAAGGAAGGAGAAGACGGAGAUGAGGGAGAUCGUCCAGGAGCAGUGUCAGGGGUCUGUCCAGGAGAUGAGAGCCUCCGUCAUGGAUCUACAGCAACAGCUUCAGGAGAGCCAAGAUGAUCAACGCAGUCUUGAGAAUCGUUUGAGAAUGGUCCAAGAAAGAGAAAAGCGACUUAAGGAGCAGGUGGAAUCUAAACAUGGUCUAACACAGGAUCUAGCCAAUCAGGUUGUGGAAAUGGAGAAUAAGGUAACUUCAGCUGACAGAGCGUGCAGAGAAUAUGAACAUGAUGUAGCUGCUAAAACAAGAGAACUAAACAACAAAGAACAGGAGGUGAAGCAGCUCCGAUCGGUGGCUAAGAGAGACAGACAGACUCUGGACAGGGUAUCCUCUCUGCAAGCCGACUGCCAGGACUCACAUCUGAAAAAGAUACAAGAACAAGAUGAGAGCAUCACAGUUCUUGACAAUCAAGUGAAGGUUCUUCAAGCUCAGAUAGAUAAGAUGGUUGCUGACCGUCAUACUUUCUCACAGCAAGAGAAGAAAGAAUCCAAACGUGUUGAAGCGGAGAAGUUUUCAGAUUUAAACCAGGAUAGGCUGUAUCUUCAGACGCAGGUUAGCCGUCUAGAGUUUGAGUUGAAGCAGGCCCAGAUGGCUAGGUCUAGUCUAACAGACCAGUCCAAAGAGAUGCAAUCCAAACUAGACAAGGUGGCUGACAAGUAUGAGGAGGAGGUCUUCACUCUCAAAGACCAGCUGAGGGAGUCCCGGGCAAGAGCCGAGAGGUCAGAGGUCAACUCUAAACAGAUGGAAGCCAGCGAGAAUGACCUCAAGCAGCAGGUCAGGGUGCUACAGACCAGACUACAAGAAGAGAUUGAAAAUGCUGCUACUAAGAUUGAAAACCUAGAGGGGGAGAAGAAGCUGCUAGACCAGGAGCUGCACGUGCUAAGGGAGCGCUCCACCAUCAUCACCUCCCUGGAAACGCAGCUCAGGGAGAAGACGGGCCAGUGCUCCACCAUCAGCAAGGAGAAGCAGGAGCUGAUGGAGCGGUGCGAGACGUUUGCCAUGGAGAAGGGUCGUCUGGUCACCCAGAACCAACAGAUGGACACCAGUAUGGCCGACUGUCACAAUAAACUCAGUCAAAAUGAUCUGAACAUCAAUAUGCUAAAGACCACAUGCACCAUGUUGGAGGAACAGGUCAUUGACCUUGAGACCAUCACCGAGCGCCUGGAGACCAGGCUCGAGGAGUGUCGCCAAGCGAGGGAUGGAGCCAAGGAGAGUCUUCAGGAGAAGGAGGAGAGAUUGCGAGCCGUAUCUAAGGCAUCGGAAGAUGCGCAGCAGGCUGGAUCUCGUGCAGAGGAGAAGAUCAAAGAAUUGACGGAAGCUGCCGACGAAAGAGAGAAAAGACAAGGAGAAGAGCUGGAUUCAUGGCAUAAACAGUUCAACGAUCAGAGACAACAGAUCAAUCAACUCACUGAGAAUUUGAGUGAAGUUGAGAAGCAUAGAGCUCUCUUGGAGGUGGCCGCAAAGGAACUCAAGCAACGAUAUGAAGAUGAACAAGAAGAUAAUAUCAAAUUUGACAAAGAGCUUAAAGACUUGGAGGAGAAACUGAAGGAGAGUAAGAGCAUCAACUUCCAGCUGACGCAGGCCUUGGAGGAAGCGCUUUCGAAAGGAGAAUACAUUAAAGAGCAAAAGCAAGAACUGGAGAGCCACAUGGAGAGUCAAGAGAUCCAUCAUCAGCAUGAGAGAAUCAAAUUUGAUGGCACCUCGGCCCAGCAGACCAAACUGAUUGAUUUCCUACAAGCCAAGGUAGAUGCCCCGCCCAAGAAGAAGAGAGGACGUCUGUUUGGCAAGACGGCACCACCUCCUCCUCCUCAUCUCAGAGAUAAUAGAGGCACAGGGAUUGCUGGUGUUUCGGUCUCUAUGCAGGUGAAAGAGCUUCAGCAGAAGUUAGAUGCUGAGAAGAGCCGAGCGUGGGAGCUUCAGAAAGCCCUGAACGAAGCAAGAUCCGACUUGCAAGCAGCUAAGCUAAGAGCGGUGACCAAUUGUAGCAAUUCUGAAUUCGGCUCAACGAUGAGCAUCCCAGAACAGCCGUCCACCCCGGUCUUCACCCAGACAGCCAGCGCCAACCUCAUCUCGGCCAUUGUCCAGUCCCCCGGUCAUCGGUCAAGCCCGUCCAGCCUCAUCUUACCCACACCAGGGGACAAGCGCAACAAGGCCCUGGCCACUGGCAAGGGGACGAUGAAGAGACUCAAAGAACGCAUGAAGCACAAUAUACCCCAUCGGUUCACGAUUGGGCUUAGCAUGAGGGGUACCAAGUGCUCUGCUUGUGCUGAUACGAUUCAUUUUGGACGCCAGGUUGCAAAGUGUCAGGAAUGUCACCUGAUCUGCCAUCCCAAGUGUGCCCACUGUCUACCCCACACCUGCGGUCUUCCGUUCCAGUUCAUGAGGCACUUCAAGCAGGCCAUGGACGGCCCAUCUCCAUCGACCAGGUCCGUCUCCUCGUCAUCGUCCACUGCUUCGUCGGUGGUGUCGUCGACCGCUUCGUCCUUGACUUCGUUCGGCCAGGAGCCUAUGGUGUGUGGCAACCAGAUACAGGGAUGGAUGAAAACACCAAGGAUGAACAAGCAAGGUUGGGAGAAGAAGUGGUGUUGUUUGGAAGGAACCAUGCUGAGUCUGUUUGACAAGGAGAACUCCUCAGGUUGUGGUUCUCCUUUCCUGGAGUACAGCCUCUGUCCUGAAGAUGCUAUAGUGACUGUCCAUGCUGGUGUGUCUGCCACGGAGCUACCCAAUACAGCAUCCAGUGAUCUACCGUUCGUGUUCCAUCUGGAAUCACGGCCGGUGACCACCUGUUGGCCAGACACCAAGACUCUCUAUCUCAUGGCCCCGAGCUUCCAAGAUAAACAGCAGUGGAUGGUUGGUCUUGAGGUGGCCAGCAUCCGAGGUCGUAAUGCUGGUCCUGGUGGAUCAGUGAGAGAUCAAGCUAGACUGAUUGGCAACACGCUCCUCAAACUCAACCAAGAGAACCGGCUGGACAUCAACUGCACUCUCCUUAUCAGUGAUAAUAUGCUUCUGAUUGGAGCUGAGGAGGGACUCUACACAAUGCUGUUAAUGGAUCGGAAGAAACCACUUUCUCAGAUAGGAGGGGUGAGCAGCGUCUUCCAGAUGCAUAUAAUCACUCAGCUAAUGCUAGCAGUCAUGAUCAUAGGUCCUGAGAGGAAUUUGUGUAUCGUAGACUUGAAGCACUUGAGGACUAUGAGCAGUCAAGCCAGCAUCAGCGAUGUCUCAGUUGAUUACACCAGCAUUGAAGACAUCCAUUCAUGUCACCUGUUUGCUUGUGGGAAGGUAGAUGGAUCGUUCUACCUGUGUGCUGCCAUGCCUACCAAGAUUAGCAUCCUCAAAUACAGCGAAGGACUCUCCAAGUUCUGUGUCAGAAAGGAGAUUCAGACAGCAGAGCCUUCAAGCUGUCUGCUCUUCACGGAAGCCAGUAUCCUUGCAGGGACAGACCGUUUCUAUGAGAUAGAACUGAAAGAUUUCAAGAUUGAUGAGUUUCUGGAGUCGACCGAUACCAGCCUAGCGUUUGCUGUGUAUGGAGCAUCUCAGCUUGAUAGCUUCCCAAUCGCAGCCAUACAGGUAGCACCGGAUGGAGAGCCACAAGAAUUCCUACUCUGUUUCCAUGAGUUUGGCAUCUUUGUUGAUAGUAAAGGUCGAAGGUCAAGACCUGACGACAUGAAAUGGUCCAGACUGCCGUUGGCAUUCACCUAUCGUCAGCCAUACCUCUAUAUGGCCCAUUUCAACUCUGUAGAGGUCUGUGAGAUCAAGCACACCGCUGAACCAGAGAGUGAAGGGAACCGAACAUUCCUGAGCCAGGCCAACCCUCGCUUCGUCGGCCCGGCCAUCACCCCCGGGGCCGUUUACAUCGCCUCCCUGGGAGACCGUAGCGUGGAGCUGAUGUGCCUCCAGGGAAACUACGCCUCCGGUGGCUCCUCCAGGAGCAGCUCCGCGUGCCAGCUGGAUACCAGCGGAAGCACCGUGGGGGACAGUGUGAGCGUCGCGGGAGACAGUGGGCGUGGCACCACCACCAUGCCCCCUCCACCACCUGUGACGUUGGUCAAGAGGACCCCUAGUACCCAGAGCACGACCCCUCUCGUACAUAAGAGAUCCACAAGGAGCUCCAUGAAGCGCCCUCUCCAGGAAUCUUGGAGCAACACUCCAAAGGGCAAGUUCAGCCGUACCGCAGCGAGAGCAUCAGCUAGGGUGCCCUCUACGUCCUCCUCUGAAGAUGAAGUGAAAGCUAGCUGUGGUCUCAAGUAUGGUACAGUCACAUGCAGGAAGACCAGGAGUACCAAACGAUAGACACACCCAAGAUUUCCCAGUUCCAGGAAGCGCUGUCUUCAGGAAUCUUGGAGCAACAUUCUGAACACUGAAUAUGGCUUCAAAUACAUUACACAUGUGCUGGAAGAUGAGAAUUAGCAAGCGAUAAAUACAACUGAGCUUGUAGUGUAGGGUUAUGCAAAUUUGAAUGUGCAGAUAGAAUAUAAAAAGAUAGAUAAUAGAAGUGUAUAGUUUACCCAUCUGCUACAAGCCAGAAAGGUAAUUGUUAUCAUUCCUUUCAGGAUUACAAUUAAUGCCCCUUUAGAUUUUACCUGUUGAUAUGUAUCUCAAUGUACAGAACUUGGGCUAUAUGACAAGUGUGGAGAGCAGUGUAUUGUUUGAAUGUUUUAUGAAAAGCAGUAACAACCAUUUGUACAAAAUCUCCAAUUCUUUCUCUGCUUAAAGAUCAAACAAUUAUAACAUUCUUCUUCUUCUUCUAAUGCUGUUUGUGAACAGACUGCCUACUAUACAUUUUUUUUAAACAGUUUCCUGUAUAUUUUUCAUACAUUUUCUGUAAAUACAUAUGAAAUCUUUUAAUUCUAGAAACUUACCAGGCAAGAAUGAGCUGUGAACCUACGGAUUUGUUUCAUUCAAGUAGAGGCAUGUACAAAACUUUAAGAGCAAUAACUGUACAUAAUUAUAUGUCUUUAGAAUGCACCUGAGAAGAUAUGUGUAGGUUAAGGUAGAUAUUAGAUAAAUUUUAUCAUGUAUAAAUGUUCAAUUUGUAUUAUACAUGUAUCGCUAAUUAUCCUAAUUGGAUCAUAGUGUACCUUCUCUUUCUGCCUUCAUGAAUUGUUAAAAGAAAACAGAUAAAAUUAGUGUAAGAAAUUGUUUGUUUCGCAAAAUGUCAGAGCUUGAUCUUUGUAAGAUAUGGCAAUUGUAUAUAAAGACUUUAACACAUUUAAUUGUUUGUAGAAACAGUAAAGACUGUGAUGUGUAAACUGAGAUAUGUAAUAACUUUGAAAUGUACAUAUUGUAAUUAUAAUGUAUAUUACUUAGAAUUAUAAAUUUCAAUGAAUAAAUUGGAGUCUCAAGAUUAAUAUCUAUGUAAAUUAUUGUACAGUAGCUAUACACAUAUUACUAUUCUAAACUUUUGAAAAUAAUUCGAUUUUGGAAUAUCACCCAUUUUUCAUAGACCUCGGCCCGAAAUGGCGAUAGGUAAAUGGGUCUUGUUUGGGCAUUUUGUCACAGUGAUCGGUUACUUCAUAGGCAUCAGAUAGACAAACAAUUUAAUGCCGUAUUGGCUUGCGAUGUUUUGUACUUUCUGAGAUCUGAUGAGAUGAGACCUUAUGAAUUAAUUUAUGCCGAAUUUGCUUGGUUUGGAAUUUUAUGCUACGAUUGCUGUACUGGCAUUUAUCUGCAUGAUGUUUUAGGUUGAAUGUAUGGUCAGAGUUUGGAUAGACCCAUCUUCGCUUGGUUAAUAGCAAUGGCAUGAAUACCAUUUUGGUUUCUUUGGAAUAAAUAUAAAGAGAAAUGCAUGAUAUUUUAAUAGUACAGACUUAUUGGCGAUUUGCAUGAAUGAAGAAGGCUGAUGCUUUCAUAAUAAAUUGUCAGAAUACUGGAGCUGCUCAUACUUGUCAGCUCAAUAAUCAGGAAUUAUUCUCAAUUGUGAACAAAAUUCUCAUUUCUCAUUUUAAAACUGAAUGCUUUGCAUGCUAUAAUGUAUUAUAUUUUCUCUUGUUUUAUAUGUACAUAGACGUGGAUGAAGUACGAUUACACAAAUGAUGGUAUGUGAAUGAAUGAAGCGUACCACAACAUGAUCCCACUGCAAUUCCUCUGUGGAAGAAAUUGCAUACCGGUAAUCAUCUGAUAUUAGAAACUAAAUGUAAAAAUUCCUGGUUGAAGUUUUCUAAUAGUUAUGUAAUUAGUAAAUCAAAAUGGCUGUGUUUUGUGGUCAUUCUGGUUAGGGAUAAAGUCCAUUUGACUGCCAUAUGUAGUGACAUUAAACUGUGAUUGGAAGCUGAUAAUCAUGCUUUUUCUCUGACUUCUAGGCCCACUAUAUCCCCAGAAUGUCAAUUUAAUUUUGUUCAAAUGACCAUGGGGAACAUUAACCAGGAAGAAUUCACAUCUAUGAUUUUGCGAUUUCUUCAUAAAUCAUAUCACAGGAGGAUUGUAGAGUAUGUGUGUGUGUGUGUGUUGGGCUUAAUGCACUGUCAUCAUCCUGCAGGUGAUUAUAAAAGCCAUCGAACAUCUGACGUGAUGGUGAAUUAAAUUGUAUGAUACAUAAAGGCAA